CUGCUACGUAGCCAAAAUAGUAAUCCACGCUUCCAUUAUCACAUUCCUUCCGAAAUGAGAACUAAGCGAAAGCUCUCUUCAUCAUCAGUUGAUGCAGCUGCUGAAGUCAUGAAGCCCCGCUCCAAACAAAUCCCGGAGAGAAGUAGGGCUGAACCGUCUAGUUGUUUCGCUUGUUGGUGCCUACAGCUCUUCUGGCCGCGUGUCGUCGUUCGCAAGCUUCUCAACAUCACCGCCAAGGACUCCGAUUACAGCGCCGACUCCGACUCCUGCUCCGGCUCCGACUCCGAUCCUCCUUCCGAUUGCGAAGAGAUUGGUCAAGGAAGAAGCAGAGCCGCGUCGAGGUUUGAGCCUGACAAUAGGGAAGACGACGCCCAGAUUGAUCCCAGUGAUGCACUUCCGAGGUCAAGGAGACGGAAGUCAGAGACUUUUAGGGCACAGUACAUAAAUACGAAGGAGCUCAGAGUACGAGUUGCUACAUGGAAUGUUGGAGGCAAAUUACCACCAGAUGAUCUGGAUAUUGAUGAUUGGGUUAAUACUCAUGACCCUGCAGAUAUAUAUGUACUCGGGCUUCAGGAAAUUGUACCAUUGAAUGCUGGGAAUAUCUUUGGCGCUGAAGAUAAUAGGCCAGUCACUAAGUGGGAAAAUAUUAUACGGGACACUCUAAACAGAAUUAGACCGAUGAAGACAAAGGUUAAAUGCUAUAGUGAUCCAGCAUCUCCAUCAAAAUUUUAUCCAUCUGAUGAGGUUCCAGGUGUUGAAGAAGAGCUUAUACUCGAAAGCAAUAGUGAUUUCGGAGAGGAAGUUCAUCCUUUGGAUGAUGAUUUCUAUGACAUUGAUGAAACGAAAGAUAAGUUACGCUUUUGCGAUGGGCACAUGGGUACCAUAGAUGAAGAAGUGGACCUGGAAAGGCAAACUUCUCAAAGGAGAUUAGAUCGAAUGAAUUGCAUUCCCGACGAGGAUGAAUCACCAGAAAAUUUAGAGGAAUCUGGGGUACACCAGCAACAACAAUGUAGAAUAUUGACUAGAGUGCUAAGUGGUUCUGAAAGGAUUGGUUUGAGUUGGCCCGAGCAACCACUGAACCUGCUGUCUCAACAUGGUUUACAGAGACCAGGCUCCUUCAAAUCAAUAAAAUCGUUUACUGCGACCAAGUCCUUUGGAAGAUACAACUCUUUCAAGUCUGUGGAAAAUGAUAUGAAAUCAGAGUUGGCUUUGCUCACCGAGAUUGACCUGGAAUCGCUCUUGAAACGUAAGAGAAGAUCUUCUUAUGUGAGGAUAGUUAGUAAGAAAAUGGUUGGAGUGUUCGUCACUAUAUGGGUUCGUAGGAGCUUGCGCAAGCAUAUUCAGAAUGUCAAAGUUUCGACAGUCGGUGUUGGUGUUAUGGGCUAUAUUGGCAACAAGGGAUCAGUAUCAGUGAGCAUGUCUGUAUACCAGACGCCUUUCUGCUUCGUUUGUUCCCACCUGACCUCUGGCGAAAAGGAUGGAGAUGAGCUCAAAAGAAAUGCUGAUGUGUAUGAAAUACACAGAAGAACACAUUUCCAUUCUGUUUCAGGGAUUGGGCUUCCUAAAAGCAUCAAUGAUCACGAAAGAGUUAUAUGGCUGGGGGAUCUCAAUUACCGUAUCAAUUUGUCAUAUGAUAGAACACGGGAACUUAUUGCCAGAAAGGAGUGGUCAAAACUAGCUGAAUACGACCAGCUCACAAAAGAACUUAGAAAAGGCCGUGCAUUUGAUGGAUGGCGAGAAGGUAAACUAGGCUUUCCGCCAACAUACAAGUACGAACUCAACUCGGAUAGAUACUACGGAGAGGAUCCAAAGGCUAGGAGGCGUACUCCUGCAUGGUGUGACCGCAUUCUUUCGCAUGGGAAAGGAUUCAGGCUCUUGAACUAUAGGAGAACCGAGCUAAAGUUCUCCGACCAUCGACCAGUGACUGCCACAUUCAUGGUUGAGGUCGAGGUGUUCUGUCCCAAGAAGCUACAACGUGCCCUCACCAUCACCGAUGCAGAGAUUGAGAACGAGGAAGCAGAGAUUGGACUCGAUAUUGGAAUGAGCUACUUGCAACUCGAUGAGGUAAAGCUCUGAACUCCCGUCUCUUGCUCCAUCUCUUUAUGUACUUCCAUUUCCCGCAGUCUGCCUGAGUUGUCAGAGAAUGAAACAAUUUGAUGCAGGAAACGUCAGUUUGGGAGAUUGAGAGACCGAAAUCAUAUACAUACAACUACCCAAUUCGGCAGCAAUAGCUGAGUAGCUGGGGAGAAGAAAGCUUGCCGCUUGGCAGUUCAUACACACAUGUUAAGCCACACAAGUACAAUCCAGCUAUCCUACUGAAUGAUGGAGGUGGAAUUACAGUGCUUGUGCCUCCUGGGUUGUUUGAUUUGCGAUCGAAUGAUCGUGAUGCACCUGAGAUGCAACGAAAAGCGAGCAGCGACGAUUGACUCAAGUUCUGUUUCGCACUGAUCAAACGAUUGAGGAAGCAUAAACACAUGCUUCAGCCUACUGAUUUAACAGCCGUACCACGAGUAAUGCGUUACUGGUUCAUUUGUUUCUUCACAGUUGUAUAUUGGGUUAUUUGUUGCAGUUAUGUGAAAGGCUUCUUUUUACAUUUUGACCCCCCCUAGUUGUGGUUUUUUCUCCUUACAUCUAGGUGAAAGUAUGUACAGAAUGUGGGUAGAUAGUAAAUUUUGGUGAAUAGAAGAGCAAGGAAGGCCUUUGUGACUGUUCUUCCACGGGACGGGUACACGUGUAUAUGUGUUUUCUUUUAACUAGUGUUUCCUUUAUUGGAUUAUAUUAUUUUU